GAUACAACUUAUCCCUGAAUGUCUUAAUGCUUUGAAGUACCAAACUUUUUGGGAAAAUACAAAAGAACCUACACUUUUCGAUUUUUUGAACUUUCGAUUGUCUACUGGUGUGUUAGAUGAUAAGAGAACAGAAUAUAGUCAAUAUAAGAAUAAGUUAACUACAAUAAACAAGUUUUACGCUGAAGCCUCAGAUUGCAAAAGUCUGAGUGCACCGACUACCCUGCAACCUGUCAUGCUUGUAGUGGGAAAGUCUGUCAUGUCUGUCGUGGGAAAGUCCGUCGUGCCUGUUAAUAAGCAAUGCUUAACGAACUACUUUGGAACCUGUUAUGCUCGCAAAGAGUUCAAUGAUAAAAGAUCUAAGGUUAUUAAUAAUUUUUGGGAUUGCCAAGAUGUAAAUGCUAAAGCAGAAAUGGUGGCUCAACAUGCAACUAUAGCUAAGGUAACAACAGAGCAAGUUCAGCAGUAUGCUAUAUCAACUACAACAGGCAUUGCAAAAAGAUUUUUGGAUAAUAAUAAAGAAACGACAAAUCGUGUUAAAGCUCAUAAAACUAACUCUGAAAAAAUAGACCAUGCUGAUGAAACCAAUCAUGAUGGAUUCCGAACCCCUCCACACCAAAUUGUUAGCAACACAUGUUUCUCAUCAUCCUUUCAAUCCAUAAUGAUCACAUCUAACGAAAAUAUUCUUAGAGUUUUAGCUGAAAGUUUGGCAACUAUUAAUGAUUCCAAGUUUCUAGAAUUUAAAGAACAUGAAAAAAAUAAUAAAUAUUUUUGUGCAUAUGAUGAUGUCAUGGACAUUCGUGGGGAUAGUGAUUUUGCCAAUGUCGAAUCAUUUAAUAAACCAAUUCCUGAUAUUAGCGCUUCAAAUACAAGUGAGCGCCACUAUUGGUCAGAAUUUGGCCAUCGGUUUUUUUCAAAGAUGUUGCAAGAUUUUGUAGAAUUAGACUGGAGAAGAGGAGGAAUUGGAGCACUUCAAUUUGAAACUCACCCGGAAGCUUCAAAUGUAAAAUUUGAAAUGUCAAUUGUCAUGGAGUUUAAAAUUUUAAGGAAAAAUAAAAAUAAAGCAGAAGAUUUGCUAGCAUGGUUGUGGGAAACGGAAGAGUAA